AUUCACAAACCUUCGCGGUCAGAGCACUGUGUAAAGAGGACGGAAAGACAGGCGCAGGAGAAGGCAAACAGAAAGGCGGAUAAAGCAAUCGAGUCAAAUAGAAAGAGGGCGUGAUGGCAGCAAUGAUGGUCAACAAGGAACCGACACUGGACGGAGUAAUAUUUUUCAUCGUUAACAAGAAAUACAACCACGCCAAGUUAGCUCAAUCGGGGAAAAAUGACGGUGACAUUGGAACCUACGAGCUGAGAAGAAACAUCGAUCAACUUUGGAGACUGGAGGCUGACCCCGGUCGUCCGCAACGUUACUACAUAAACAAUGUCAAGCAUGAUGGGUUCCGGUUGGCAAAAUAUGGCAGAGGUGACUCGUGCAUUUGCUGCUACAACAAAAACUAUAAUAUCGAUCAGCUUUGGCAUUUCGUGAAACAUGGUGACUACUUCAGAAUUUAUAACGUUAAGCACCCUGAGGCGAAACUUGCCAAAUACGGGAAAAGAGACAGUGAUUUGUGUACGUUCGAAGGCAGGGAUGUUGAUGAUCAGCUCUGGAAGUUGGUUCCAUUUAUCGACGUGGUGUUGGAGAAAAGAAUUCUGUGGCACGUUGACAACAGACAGGGUAAGCGUGACGUCACAUUGGAGCUAUGUCUUACACACGGCAUGAAGCUCACUAAGAAGAGCCCCAUCGCUAAGGUAUCGAAUUCUGUGAAAUUUUCGGCGGCUGUAGAAAUUUCGAAAUUAGUAAAAGUUGGCGAAGGCAGCUUGCAACAUAUCACCGAGCUAGAAUCACAGAUAGGAAGCGAUAUCGAGAAAGAAAGCACCGAAGUCAGGAAAGAAACCUUUACUGCUCCUGCAGGGAUCAACUUUCGUGUGUGGCAGUGGCAGAUAGAAUUUAACAGUUUGCUGGCAGAAGUUGACGUCGGUGGAACGGUAUACACCAAUAAUGUUCAGACGGAGGUAAUUCCCUAAAUGGGACGGUGAUGAAGGUGGGGUUGCCAUUCUGCUACUGCAUGGUGACAAGUUAGUCUGCAUCUG